AUGGGUAGCACUGGAAGUGAUGUCUUUACUGAGAAAGGGUUUACACAUUGGAAGAAAGGACCCCAAAAUCUUCGAGUCCAUGAGGGAGGUGUUGGAAGUCUUCAUAAUAAAGCUGUACAACAAGCUAGAGAUUUGAUGGAACAAAAACAACACAUUGAAACAUUUGUGAGUAAGCAAAUCGAUGAAGCUCGCAUUAAUUAUCAUACUUUAUUGAAUGCCUCACUUGAGUGUACAAGAUGGUUGUUGGGACAAGGUUUGCCUUUUCGUGGCCACGAUGAAUCGUUCAAAUCAAGCAAUAGAGGUAAUUAUUUGGAGUUUAUACAAUUUCUUUCCAAGCAUAAUGAGCAAGUUAGGAAAGUUGUGUUUGAGAAUGCUCCCAAGAAUCUUAAGUAUACUUCUUCCGAUAUUCAAAAAGAUCUUGUCUAUGCUUGUGCCAUUGAAACUAUAGAUGCAAUCACUAAAGAUAUGGAAGGUGCAUUUUUUUCUCUUUUGGUUCAUGGAUCACGUGAUUCUUCAACUAAAGAGCAAAUGGAGGUGGUAUUACGUUAUGUGAACAAAAAAGGAGAAGCAAUUGAAAAGUUUUUGGGUGUGCAACAUGUCACCUCUACAACUAGUAGGUUGCUUGAAGAGGCUAUUGAGAGAAUCUUUGCUACAACCAAUUUGAGUAUGUCCAAGUUCCGGGGACAAGGCUCUAAUGGAGCUAGUAAUAUGAAAGGUAAGCUAAAUGGCCUUAAAACAAAGAUUUUGAACAAGUAUCCUCAAGCAUUUUAUGUUCAUUGUUUUACAUACCAACUUCAACUAGCUCUUGUAACCGUUGCAAAGGGAAUUGAGGGUGUCGCCAUUUUCUUCAACACUGUUAGUAUCUUGGUCAAUACUAUUGGAUCAUCGUGUAAGCGUCGUGAUGCAUUUAGAGAGAAACAACUAGAACAAAUUAAGAAAGCUCUUGAUAUUGGUGAUCUUGAAAUGGGUAGAGGGUUAAACCAAGAGAGUAGUCUCAUGCGUCCUUGUGAUACACAUUGA